UGUGAGGCAUUAACUAGGUUUCCCUCCCUCCUGUCCCCUGGGGGACACAAACCCCUGGACCUUGGAGGUCCUGGAGCAGGUUAUUUUGUAAGGUCUGUGUGAUUUGUAAACUGGGCAUGAACAAGAAUUUGUGAUAUAGCCUCUUUACCAGGAUUGAAGAAGACAGAAAAAAUACCGGACAAAUUAAUUGCUGGAAGAAAUGAUCAAAUUUUGGCUUACAUGUCUUGCAACAUUUGUAUAACACAAAGAAGUAACCAAAUAUGGCAGAACUGCGGUGUCUUUGGCAUCUACUUUUGACCGUGGUGGUGGCUGUGGUAUUCAUUGCUCCUGGGGUAUUCACAUACCCUGCCCAUGGGAAGAAAGUGUUGGCCAAAAAGGUCAGCCAGCUGAUGUCUUGGACCAAGAAAGACAGAGUGAUAAGAAUGAGUGAAACCAUGUUCUAUCAUUUUGUAUUUGAUGCACCAAAAAACUAUUCUGUUAUUGUGAUGUUUACUGCUCUGCACGAGUUCAGUUCAUGUGUAGCGUGCAAAGAUGCUGCCGAAGAAUUUCACAUCUUGGCAAAUUCCUAUCAACACCCUGGUGCAUUCACCACAAAGGUAUUUUUUGCGAUGGUGGAUUAUAAUGAAAGCCCUGAGGUCUUUGAAGCGCUUCAGAUAACGUUAGUUCCAAAUUUCUUCCACUUUUCUGCCAAAUGGGAAUUUACAACAGAUGACAUUUAUGGUUUGAGAGGAAGGGAUAUUGUUGCUGACCAAAUGGCUGAAUGGGUAGCAGAAAGAACACAUGUCAGCAUCAGAAUCAGACAGCCUACAAAUUAUCAUGGUCUCCUCAAGCCAGCGAUACUUUUGACUCUCAUUGGCGGACUUGGGUAUUUCUUGAAAUGGCAUAGGAAAUCUAUUUCCUGCAGCGUUUUGUGUGAACUUUUAACUCUGUGCUUUGUGAUUUUGAUGACAUCUGGUCAAAUAUGGACUUAUAUAAGAGGAGAACCAUAUGCCCAAAGGGACCCUCGCACAGGACAGAAACAUUAUAUCAGUAAAUUUAGUCAGGCUCAGUUUGCAGCAGAAACAUACAUUAUUUCCCUGUUCAAUAUGUGUGUUACCCUGGGAAUGUUGCUGUUGGAUAAGGCUGCCACCUCUAGGACGGAUGUCAUAAGAAGAAAGAUGAUGUGUCUGUGUGGUAUGUGUCUAGUUGCCACGUUCUUUACCUGGCUGCUCUCCCUCUUUAGAUUUAAAAUACCUGAUUAUCCAUACAGCUUUCUCUUCGAUUAAAAAGGAUCCUACAGACAUAGAUGAUGAAGCAAGAAGUUUGAAAAAAAAAAAAAAAGAAAAGAAAAAUGCAAACUCAUAACUUUUUUAAGUCAUUGAGAUUUCACCAGAAGAGAACAUGAAA